AUUGUGUAUCCAGCUUGGUAAAGAGCUGUACCCACUACUCAGCACAAGGGAUCAAAAGCUGUACACCCAUGUGACCCCAUUUCAUACAAGGGGCCAACCUGCCCCACCCCAUGUUUUCUCUCUCUAGUCCUACUGAUCAUUGUGACCCACAUCUCUCUGUCCCUCCCCCCAACUCUACAUUCAUAUUGGAUCCAAGCCUCUAAGGUAGCCACCCCUCUCUCCCUCUCUUCCUCUCUCCCUUUUCUUUUUCUCUCUCUCUCUGGUCUCCACCCUCAAACCUAACCCUCUCUACCAAAAAAGGAAAACAAAAAAAAAACACAGUACCUCUUCAAACCCAAUAUAGACAAAUAGCCCACAACCCCAAAUCCCUUGAGAAAACCUCUUCUCUCUCUGAUCCACUGAGGAAGUGAGGACAUGAGGAUGCAUUUGGCACUUGUGCUGGGCCUGGUGAGCCUGGUUCUUGAUGGGGUGUGUGCUUCUGACUGGAACAUAUUGCACCAUAAGGGAGAUGGCAAAGGGCUUAAGAUCAGCCUCAAGAACUACUGUGAGAGCUGGAGAGUGAAUGUUGAGGUUCACAACCUCAGGGACUUUGAGGUUGUGCCUCAUGAGUGUGUGGAAUACAUUGGUAAAUACAUGACUUCCACACAAUAUAAGGUGGACUCUGAGAGGGCCUUAGAACAAUGCACUCUCUAUCUUAGUCAAGAGUUCGGUUUGACAGGAGAUGGGAAGGAUGCAUGGAUCUUUGAUGUGGAUGAUACACUCUUGUCCAACAUCCCUUACUACAAGAAACACCAAUAUGGGGGAGAGAAGCUGAACUUAACUAGCCUUGAAGGAUGGAUGAGAGGGAGGAAAGCACCAGCCUUGGCAUCAUCACUGUCUCUAUACAAUGAGAUUAAAGGGAAGGGGAUUAAGAUCUUCUUAAUCUCUAAUCGUGGGGAGCAUUUGAGAGAUGCCACUGUCGAUAACCUCUUUGAAGUCGGUUACACUGGAUGGACCGGACUUAUCUUGAGAGGGGAUGAAGAUUGUGGGAAGUCUGCACAGAAAUACAAGGCAGAGAAAAGGCAGAAAUUGGUGGAAGAAGGAUACCGCAUUUGGGGAAUUGUUGGAGAUCAAUGGAGUAGCCUCUUGGGACACCCACAUGCAACAAGAACAUUCAAGCUCCCUAAUUCCAUGUAUUAUGCUUAGAGAUCAAUGGAUUAAUGGAGAGCCCACACCCACAUGUAUUAAGCUCCCUAAUCGUUGGAAAUCAAUGGAGUAGCCCCUUGGGACACCCACAUGCCUUUUUCACUCCUAUUUAUCAUUUAUUUUCCACCAAUAAAUGCAAAGACUAUUCUUCUUUUGUGUGUGAUAA